UUUUUGUGUAAGCCGAAUCCUAAUUGUUUUCAGUUUGUUCUUCUAGGCUAAGAAAAAAUCACUGGUUUUCUUAAUUUUUAAAAUAAGAAUGAUUUCCCUUUGAUUGGAAAUUUCCAAUUUUAUUAAAAGUAGUAACGGUUGUUUCUAAAAUACUACCCAUAUAAAAUUGGCCCACUGCUGAUUAUUGAUUAUUAUUAAAAUAACAAAAACUUAGUAUAAAUUAACUUUACAAGCAGAGUACAGAUUAUAUUCUAAAUGCAUCCUUUCUAAAGCGAUUAAUUUUAAACUAAUUACUUAGACUAUUUGGAAAAAAUUAAUUGAACAGUUAUGUUUACUACACCGUUGAGAAGAAUAACAACUUUACUUUUACAAGCUUUGUAAUCGAAAAAUGAGAAAUGGCCAAAAGAUUGUUUUGUAUAAUUAAACGUCUUGGGAAUAAACCUUCUGUUAAGAGGUUAAACGUUGAUUCCUGGUCAUUAUUUAAGCGUCCUUUUCACGAAAAUCUAAUCUUAUUUCAGUCAUGUCAGAUUUCAUCGACAUCAUUACCUCAGAGAGACGUAAGUGUAUUAACUUCCCACAAGAAAAAUGUUGAUGGUAUAGACUUCCACUAUGAAGUGAUAGGCAAAGGAGAACAUCAUGUUCUAUUGAUUCCUGGGGCUCUAGGUUUUUCGCGAAUUUUUCUUCCGCAACUGACUGGGCUUAGCAGUGAGAAAUAUACUUUGAUAGCCUUUGACCCCAGAGGAUUUGGUAAGAGUCGGCCACCAGACCGUGACUGGCCUUUAAUGUACAUGCAGCGAGAUGCUGAGGACGCAGCCCAGUUUAUGAAAAGUCUUGGGAUUCCCCGCUACUCCGUGCUCGGCUGGAGUGAUGGUGGCACUGUGGGUUUAAUACUCGCAGCCAACUACACUGGAAGCGUUCAGAAACUGCUCGUAUGGGGUGCCAACGCUUACGUCAAUGAACAAGAUCUGGAGUUUUGUAACUCUGUCAAAGAAGUAAAAGACUGGAGUCCUAAAAUGAGAGAUGCCUACACGGAGGUGUAUGGAGAAGAAUACUUAACAAAACAAUCUAAAGCCUGGGUUCAUGCAACUCACAAUUACUUCACACAAAGAAAUGGUGACAUUUGUAUUGGCAGCUUACCCAACAUUAAAUGCCCAACCCUGAUUGUGAAUGGGCAAAAAGAUUCCAUAAUAUCACAGGAACAUGCUGCAUUUCUGGUGAAACACAUUCCUAAUUGCAAGUUGAUAGAAUGGCCUGAUGGGAAACACAACUUGCACUUACAACACCCCAAACAAUUUAAUGUUUUGGCAGAGGAGUUUCUAGAUGAGGGAAACACCAUCAAAGUUUAGAUUUGUCAUGUGCUUUUGGAGACAGGAAACCCAAAGUUUAGAUGUUUUGUUGGAGCCAGGAAACCCUAAGUUUAGAUGUUUUGUUCUGUUGGAGCCAGGAAACCCAAAGUUUAGAUGUUUUGUUGGAGCCAGGAAACCCAAAGUUUAGAUGUUUUGUUGGAGCCAGGAAACCCUAAGUUUAGAUGUUUUGUUCUGUUGGAGCCAGGAAACCCAAAGUUUAGAUAUGUCUUGUUCUGUUGGAGCCAGGAAACCCAAAGU